UAACAUGGAUGAUUCACCACCUAUAAUAACAACGAGAAAAAAGGAGGCAACACACCAAUUAAACAGACCAAACAACGUUGCUAUCUCCCAUCUUCCCUUUUCUUCUCUGUAUCUUCAACAACUAUAGAUACAGAAAGGGAAAGAAAAAGGGAAGAAAAUAGAGAGGCGAAAGAUUCAAGCUUGGAGUUUCUAUUUGGAUCCCCACAUUGCCGGACCCACUUCUCCUUUUCCCCUGGAAAGCCUUUGUUACAGUUCAUUAGGGGAAGUGGAGAAUGCAAUUUAUGAAUCUUUAUUCUGAACUUUAAACCUAUAGAAAGGGGAGGACUGCAACUCUGUUGCAGUUAUAGGGCGUUUCGUUGUUCAUAAACGUCAUGCUAAGAGACUUAGAGAUUGAAUUACUAUAAUGGGUGCUUGUGUAUCAUCUCCAUAUAUAGCAACUAAACCAUCAAAAAGUAGUAGAGUGAGAAGGUAUUAUGGCCGCUCCAAAAAGAGACACGUGAAAUCGGCUUCAGAGGUGAAUAGGAAAAGGAAUAGUGAUGCAGGAGCUCGAGUGUCUACAGAUUUUGCUGUUAGUGAGUUUGUUCACACAACUACCAAAUGCAAAAGAUCGUCAGUCUCUAAUUCCACUUUCCAUCUCACUCAGCUGCAGUUCCACCAUAGUCAAAUUGAUGUCAAUGGAAUGUAUCAGGAAGAAUGGUUUGACACGGUCAGCUUAUUGGAGUCCGACUCCGAUGAUGACUUUAGUAGUGUACAUGGAGAUUAUGCCCCAUAUACAAACGGGCAAGUUCUGCACUACGAAGUAGAUAGCAAGAGUAAUUUCAAAGAGUUGUUCUCAAGCAAAGAUGGAUUAAUGCUAAUAGAUACCCAAAGGAAAGAGCUUCCUUGCUUAGUGAACAGUGAAGAUACUGGUGCCGUGAAGACACUAAAACUAGAUCGGGCCUACUUAAGUUUUAACAACGUGAAAGUUGACGCAAGUGACCAUAAUGAUAAGGCGUCAGAGACCCUAUUGAAGUCUGUCUUGCCGACAUUGGUUCCCACUUUAAGUUUCAACGACAAGAUGCACAACUCAGUAAAUUCAGGUCCACAAUCUCAAAGGAAGUCGGCAACUAUUAUCAGGCUCUCCAUUACAAAGAAGUCCGUUGAGGAAGAAACAAAUGAAUUUUGUGCAUCUGCAACAAAGUAUCUCUAUCGGCCUAGAACCGGCUUAUUAAUUCCUUGUUCUCCUGAUGGGAAGCCGACUCCUGGAAGUUGGUCCGAGAUUUUGCCAUCCACGUUUAAGCUCCGUGGACCUAGCUAUUUCAAAGACAAGAAGAAGAAUCCUGCACCAGACGUCACUCCUUUCAUUCCAAUUGGAGUAGAUCUUUUUGCCUGCCAGAGAAAGAUUAACCACAUUGCCAAGCACUUAGAGUUGCCUUCUAUAAAAUCAGACGGAAGAGUGCCCCCACUGCUAAUUGUUAACAUUCAGCUGCCCACAUAUGCACCUGCUAUGUUUCUUGGUGAAGGGGAUGGAGAGGGCUUGAGCCUCGUGCUAUAUUUUAGGCUCUCGGAGACUUUUGAGACAGACGUAUCUCCCCAUUUCCAAGAAAUGAUCAAGAGAUUGAUUGAGGAUGAUAAGGAAGUUGUUAAGGGCUACACAAAAGAAUCAACUAUUCCAUUCAGAGAAAGGCUGAAAAUCAUGGUUGGGGUGGUUAAUCCCGAUGACCUCGUCUCAAAUAAUACCGAGAGAAAACUUCUUAAUGCGUACAAUGAAAAGCCGGUUCUUUCUCGUCCUCAGCACAGCUUCUAUGAGGGUCCCAACUACUUCGAGAUUGAUCUUGACAUUCAUCACUUCAGCUUCAUAGCAAGGAAGGGACUUGAUGCAUUCCGCGAGCGGUUAGGCAAUGGAAUACUGGAUCUUGGAUUGACAAUUCAGGCUCAGAAACCAGAAGAGCUGCCGGAGCAAGUCCUUGGCUGUGUGAGAUUGAACAAGAUUAGCUUCGUUAACAAUGGCCAAAUACCAACAAUCGUGAGGCUAGAUGAUGAUUGAGUCUAGCGUGCACUUUUCAUAACACACAAGAAAACGGAAAUGGUUUACUGAUGUGGUACUACUGUUGGAGGUCCAAGCAAUCCCAUGAUCAAGUUUGAUGAUGUAAAAUUAUGUAUCAAUUGCAUUACCAGAAAUGAUGUUUCAAUAGAGAUUGAAUGAAAUAACUUUCCAAUGUUUGAAUUUUCAAUGUGACAUUUACGUAGAAAGUCAUGGCUUCCGAAGACAAAAAUAUUGUCUCGGAAAUUUCUUUCUAUCAUCUGUUGUAAGCAUAUUUUUGUAUUGUGUCACUUUUUCAUAAGUAGAAUUUUCUUAACUUCAUUA